AUGAGUUCUGAAUGUCUGUGGUUCCGCUCAGUGCUCCGUGUGGUGGCAAGUGUUCAUCUUGGUUACGCCCUCUACUACGAAUACAGAUUCACACAGCUGGACGUACAACUGCGACUGGAUCCGGCAAUCGGUGGCAAGUUCAAGUAUCUGACCUUUCUCAAUGAACUGCUGCAGUUCGUAUACAAUCUGUUGGCACUGUGCCAGGAUAUCCGCCAACAGCGAGAAGUGCGCAACUUGCGGGACUAUUUGCUGGCCAGUUGUGUGGUGCCACUGGACCUAACGGUGGCUGUGACCUACUGGACAUUGUGCGUCAUCAAUCGAGAGACGAUCUAUCCCGAGUUCCUGGACCUCAUCUACCCAAAGUGGCUCAACCAGACGCAGCACAGCUGA